CAGCACUCCCAGGCGCUGCUCCGGGGGCUGCUGGCCCUGCGGGACAGCGGCAUCCUCUUCGAUGUGGUCCUGGUGGUGGAGGGGAAGCAGCUCGAGGCCCACCGCAUCCUGCUGGCCGCCUCCUGCGACUACUUCCGAAAACCUAAAGCUUGACCACUGUGAGCAUUUUCAGCGUGCAGCUCAGUAGUGCUCAUUACAUCCACUCUGGUGCAAUCUCCGGAACCAUUCCAUGUUGUGAAAAGGAUCCUGUAGCUGUGAAACAGUUCCCAUGGCUCUCCUCCCAGCCCAGGCAGCCGCCUUGUAUGGCCACCUUGUGCUUCUGUCUCCACGACUGCUCUCGGGACCUCACAUGAAUGGAAUCAGGCAAAACUUGUCCUUGAAGACUUGCUGCUUUGGCCGAACGUCGUGUCCCCAAGGCUCCUCCGGGCUUGGGGGUGUCAGGUCGUCCUCCUUUGCAAGGCUGAAUUACGCUCCGGUUUGUUGCCCUGCAGUUUGCCUGUUUUGUCGACGGACACCGGUUGUUCCCAUCUCUUGGCUCUCGUGAGGAAAGCUGCUGUGAGCAUGGGGCGCAGAAGUCUCUCGGAGGCCCUGCUUUCAGUUCUGUGGAGUACGCACUCAGACGCGGAAUUGCUGGAACAUUCUGUAAUUCUGUUUGUUAUGUCUUGAGGAACCCCCAAACUGUCUUCCGCAGCAGCUGCACUAAUUUACAUUCACACCAGUGAUGCACAGAGGCUCCAACUUCUUUAAGUUGACAAGAUAAGAGUCUAAAAGGAAGUGGGCGAAGCACCUGCACUCUUUGGAAGAGAAAGGGAAAACAGCUGCUGAACCCGCGACCCAAGCCUCUGUCCGUCCGUCCGCUGCCAGGUUUCUCCCUCGCCCCCUGGCGGCUGGAGCCAGCGUCCUCUCCCUCUGCUUCUAGGGGUGUCCAGGGCAGGCCCCCCGCCCCCGGUGGGGCUUCGUGACAGGCUGUGGCGGAGGCACCAGGCGCGAGCACGCGGAACCCUUUGACCCAGCAGUGGCCCUCCUGGAGCUGGUCCCGGCGUUCCCACCAGCUCCUGGGGCAGAGCCGCCUGUCGGGUAAAAUGACGGGAGACGGGAAGGAACCUGGGGGACCCCAGUGUGCGUGGCUGCGUCCUUUGGCACCUUUGCCCAGGGGCAGCCCUGUGGGUGCUGAUAAUCCAGGCUGUUUCCAAGAUGCCCUGUGAAGGCGAAGCUGGGUGCGGAUCCAGGGGCAUGUUCGCUGGGGGGCUGAAGGAGAUGGAGCAAGAGGAGGUCCUGAUCCAUGGCGUGUCCUACAACGCCAUGUGCCAGAUCCUGCACUUCAUCUACACGUCCGAGCUGGAGCUCAGCCUGAGCAACGUCCAGGAGACACUGGUCGCCGCCUGCCAGCUUCAGAUCCCGGAGAUCAUCCACUUCUGCUGUGACUUCCUCACGCCCUGGGUGGACGAGGACAACAUCCUCGAUGUCUACCGGCUGGCCGAGCUCUUCGACCUGAGCCGCCUGACCGAGCAGCUAGACGCCUACAUCCUCAAGAACUUCGUGGCCUUCUCGCGGACUGACAAGUACCGCCAGCUGCCCCUGGAGAAGGUCUACGCCCUCCUGAGCAGCAACCGCCUGGAGGUGUCCUGCGAGACGGAGGUGUACGAGGGCGCCCUGCUCUACCACUACCCGCCGGAGCAGGUGCAGGCCGACCGGCUCCCGCUGCACGAGCCGCCCAAGCUCCUGGAGACCGUGCGCUUCCCCCUCAUGGAGGCCGAGGUCCUGCAGCGGCUGCACGACAAGCUGGAGCCCAGCCCACUGAGGGACACCGUGGCCGAAGCCCUCAUGUACCACCGGAAUGAGAGCCUGCAGCCCAACCUGCAGGGCCCGCAGACCGAGCUGCGCUCGGACUUCCAGUGCGUCGUGGGCUUCGGGGGCAUCCACUCCACGCCGUCCACCGUCCUCAGCGACCAGGCCAAGUACCUGAACCCACUGCUGGGAGAGUGGAAGCACUUCACCGCAUCCCUGGCGCCCCGCAUGUCCAACCAGGGCAUCGCGGUGCUCAACAACUUCGUGUACCUCAUCGGAGGGGACAACAACGUGCAGGGCUUCCGCGCUGAGUCCCGCUGCUGGAGGUACGACCCGAGGCACAACCGCUGGUUCCAGAUCCAGCCGCUGCAGCAGGAGCACGCGGACCUGUGCGUGUGCGUCGUGGGCGGCUACAUUUAUGCGGUGGCGGGCCGCGACUACCACAACGAUCUGACUGCCGUGGAGCGCUACGACCCCGCCACCAACUCCUGGGCCUACGUGGCCCCGCUCAAGAGGGAGGUGUACGCCCACGCGGGCGCCACGCUGGACGGGAAGAUGUACGUCACCUGCGGCCGCCGCGGGGAGGACUACCUGAAGGAGACCCACUGCUACGAGCCGGGGAGCGACACCUGGCACACGCUGGCCGACGGCCCGGUGCGGCGGGCCUGGCACGGCAUGGCCACCCUCCUGGACAAGCUGUACGUGAUCGGGGGCAGCAACAAUGACGCGGGCUACCGGAGAGACGUGCACCAGGUGGCCUGCUACAGCUGCAGAUCUGGGCAGUGGUCCUCCGUCUGCCCGCUCCCAGCCGGGCACGGGGAGCCGGGCAUCGCUGUGCUCGACAGCAGGAUCUACGUGCUGGGCGGCCGCUCACACAACCGAGGCAGCCGCACGGGCUACGUGCACAUCUAUGACGCGGGCAAGGACAGCUGGGAGGAGGGGCCGCAGCUGGACAACUCCAUCUCAGGCCUGGCCGCCUGCGUGCUCACCCUGCCGCGGUCCCUGCUGCUCGAGCCACCCCGGGGGACCCCUGACCGCAGCCAGGCCGACCCGGACUUUGCGUCCGAGGUGAUGAGUGUGUCUGACUGGGAGGAGUUCGACAACUCCAGCGAGGACUAGGGUCCCAGGAGUGGGGGGGGAGAUCCCAGGCGUCCCCCACCCCGCCCAUCCGCAGGUAGGCAGGUGUUUUGGGGGCUCGCAGACCUGUGGCAGGAACCCUUUGGGAAGGGCUUGGUCCCCUGAAAGUCCCCAGGCCCUCUCCUCCUCAGCAGACGUGGCUGGAGACCGGCGCACCACCCGCUGUCCCAGUCCCUGUUGGGCUGAGAGGGCGCCUUCUCUCAAGGGAGUUGGGGAUGGGCCCCCGCAAGGGGCCCAGGGCACACCCCCCCUCCCGUGGGCAGGAAUGGUGCAAGCUGGGCCCAUCACCAGCCCAGCAGCUCCUGGGAUGGGAGUGGGAGCAGAGAGCCAGCCAGGGGCCCGAGGCUGGUUGUGAUAACAGGGUCUUUCAGCCAGGCCUUCCCGCCCCAUGUUGUUAAUAAAUGAAAUAAAGCACCUCCCACGAGGCGCAUUGCUCUC